CGGGGCGCACCUCGCCGGGAGUGCUGUGUCAUUGCGCGAGGCGCAGCUGGAGGCAAGGGCAGGGGGAACCUGAUGCACCUCCGUAAGCAAGAUUGGACUGGUUUAGAUGAAGAUGAAGAUGCACAUGUCUGGGAAGACAAUUGGGAUGAUGACAAUGUAGAAGAUGAUUUCUCCAAUCAGUUAAGAGCUGAAUUAGAAAAACAUGGAUACAAGAUGGAAACCUCAUAGUUUUUGCUGCAUAUGGAGUAGUUUAAUGUUGAACUGUGGAUAGACUAUAUUGAGAAGAAUUAAAAAUGGGAAACAAGAAGAACAUUUAGUUCAUUAUCUGCUUGGAUUUAUUAUUGUUUUGUAUGAAAAAUAAAAUUUUUUAAUCUUA